AUUCGAGUAUUGUCCUUUGGGUUAAUGAGUCAUGAGCCGGCCGACGAAGCAAUCUCAUAUAAUUAAAGACCAAGAGCUACACCUUUAGGCUUAAAUACAUAGAAAGAGUAAUGGUUCCAACUUCCAAGGCUGUCCUAAAAGCCUAAUGUAGUUGGAGAAUCGGCACGUCUUUACGCUCUGCAUGACAAGUGUUUGUGUCGUGUCAUGUCCUUUAGCGUUGAAGAUGGGAUCAUGGGAAUAUAGCCUGAACGCAAGCUUGAGAAGAAGAGGGUGACGGCUGAAGUUCAAACUUCAAAGGGAAGUGGGAAACCAUGUCUGUGUCGACCAUCGACCCACAUGAGAAGAUGAGAGGGAGAGAUGUUGGUCGUGUGGCUCGAGGAGAAAAAGCUUAACGCUCACCCCAUGAACCCGGUUCCAUUUCUGAAGCUCCGCCAGCACCCACCGAUGGUGGCGUUGAAGACAGCUCCGGCAGACAUACGAUUCCCGUCCACAAACCAAACGCGCCAUUGCUUUGCACGCUAUGUGGAGUACCACAGGUGUAUCAGGGAAAAGGGAGAUGAGGCGCCAGAGUGUGAGAAGUUCGCCCGCUACUACCGAUCACUGUGUCCUUCCGAAUGGAUUGACAAGUGGAAUGAACAGAGGGAACUUGGAACCUUCGCUGGUCCUCUUUGAAGUAGCUCAGAGUCGGUGUAGUUACCCAGUCUCUUCCACUGUUCCACAUAACAAUGUCAUCAUCUAUUCUUUACCUACGUGACGUGCUUGAUGUAUAUGCCUGCUCAUGUGUAUACUCUCUGUUGUGCACUUUUCUUCUAGAAAAGAAACCGAGUUUUUGUUACACGGUUCGGCAUAUUAUUACUUAACGAAAAUUAAAAAAAAAAAAAAAUUCAAAGAGACCCAAACUGGUAAUACUAAUAUCCUCCUCUUUAAGAUCGGUGUCGGACAGGGUCGAGACAUUGGGCAACUUACACAGUACGAUCACCAUUUGAAAAUCUGGAGUUCCUGUCCGCGUGCACUGAGAUCAUCUUCCCAUAAAUGGGAGAGUAGAUGAAGGACAGAUUCCUUAAGCAAUAACGUUAGCAGUAUUGAUGUUUGCAAUGGAAGAAAACAACCUAAAGCGAAUUCCUUUGUAAACAAUAGUAGUAUCUGUGAUAGACUCAGUGACAUUGGUAAAGGAUCAAAACCACUCUAAGAUAACCGAUCAAAAAAACCACUGUGAUAGAAUUUACCAGAUGUGCAUCUGAUGUAUUGGCAAAUAGAAGCUGAACCCACCACACGUGAUUACAUGAAUGAAAGCAUUUAUGGAAACA